CCAGCCCACGUGGUUGGAGGUUUCCAGAAGCGCUACCUCUACCGCGCAGCGCAGCUUUGGCCGUCCGAGCGCGUUUGCUGCUUCGCACUUCUACCAUCUAGCCACGAUGAUAAGUGCCAGCCGGGCCGUAGCAGCUCGUCUAGUCGGCAUCGCCCCAUCGCGGGGCGCCACCGCCCGCCACAAGGAUGUCUGGAAUGGCCUUAGUCAUGAGGCUUUUAGAAUUGUUUCAAGGCGGGACUAUGCAUCAGAAGCAAUCAAGGGAGCAGUUGUUGGUAUUGAUUUGGGCACAACCAACUCCUGUGUGGCAGUUAUGGAAGGUAAACAAGCAAAGGUGCUAGAGAAUGCUGAAGGUGCCAGAACCACCCCUUCGGUUGUGGCCUUCACAGCAGAUGGCGAGCGACUUGUUGGCAUGCCAGCCAAGCGACAGGCAGUCACCAACCCAAACAACACAUUCUAUGCCACCAAGCGUCUCAUUGGCCGGCGAUAUGAUGACCCUGAAGUACAGAAAGAUAUUAAAAAUGUGCCCUUUAAGAUUGUCCGGGCCUCCAAUGGAGAUGCCUGGGUCGAAGCUCAUGGAAAACUCUAUUCUCCAAGUCAAAUUGGAGCUUUUGUGUUGAUGAAAAUGAAAGAGACUGCAGAAAAUUACUUGGGACAUACAGCAAAAAAUGCUGUGAUCACAGUUCCGGCUUAUUUCAAUGACUCUCAGAGACAGGCCACUAAAGAUGCUGGCCAAAUAUCUGGACUAAAUGUGCUUCGGGUAAUUAAUGAACCUACAGCUGCUGCUCUGGCCUAUGGUCUAGACAAAUCAGAAGAUAAAAUAAUUGCUGUAUAUGAUUUAGGUGGUGGAACUUUUGAUAUUUCUAUCCUGGAAAUUCAGAAAGGAGUAUUUGAGGUGAAGUCUACCAAUGGAGACACGUUCUUAGGUGGGGAGGACUUUGACCAGGCCUUGCUACGACACAUUGUGAAGGAGUUCAAGAGAGAGACGGGGGUUGAUUUGACCAAAGACAACAUGGCACUUCAGAGGGUUCGGGAAGCUGCUGAGAAGGCUAAGUGUGAACUCUCCUCAUCUGUGCAGACUGACAUCAAUUUGCCGUAUCUUACAAUGGAUGCUUCUGGACCCAAGCAUUUGAAUAUGAAGCUGACGAGGGCUCAGUUUGAAGGGAUUGUUACUGAUCUAAUCAGGAGGACUAUCGCCCCGUGCCAAAAAGCAAUGCAGGAUGCAGAAGUCAGCAAGAGUGACAUAGGAGAAGUGAUUCUUGUUGGUGGCAUGACUAGGAUGCCCAAGGUUCAGCAGACUGUACAAGAUCUCUUUGGCCGAGCUCCAAGCAAAGCGGUCAAUCCUGAUGAGGCUGUGGCCAUUGGAGCUGCCAUUCAGGGAGGUGUGUUAGCUGGUGAUGUCACAGAUGUGCUGCUCCUGGAUGUCACUCCUCUGUCUCUGGGUAUUGAGACUCUGGGAGGUGUUUUUACCAAACUUAUUAACAGAAACACCACUAUUCCAACCAAGAAAAGCCAGGUGUUUUCUACAGCUGCUGAUGGUCAGACUCAAGUGGAGAUUAAAGUGUGUCAGGGUGAGAGAGAGAUGGCUGGAGACAACAAACUUCUUGGACAAUUUACUUUGAUUGGAAUUCCCCCAGCCCCUCGUGGAGUCCCUCAGAUUGAAGUUACAUUUGACAUUGAUGCCAAUGGGAUUGUACAUGUUUCGGCCAAAGAUAAGGGCACAGGACGUGAGCAGCAGAUUGUGAUCCAGUCUUCUGGUGGAUUAAGCAAAGAUGAUAUUGAAAAUAUGGUUAAAAAUGCAGAGAAGUAUGCUGAGGAAGACCGACGAAAGAAAGAACGAGUUGAAGCAGUUAAUAUGGCUGAAGGAAUCAUUCAUGACACAGAAACAAAAAUGGAAGAAUUCAAGGACCAGUUGCCUGCUGAUGAAUGCAACAAGCUAAAAGAAGAGAUUUCCAAAAUGAGGGAACUUCUGGCUCGAAAAGAUAGUGAAACAGGAGAAAACAUAAGGCAGGCAGCAUCUUCCCUUCAGCAAGCAUCACUGAAGCUCUUCGAAAUGGCAUACAAAAAGAUGGCAUCUGAGCGAGAAGGCUCUGGAAGUUCUGGCACUGGGGAACAAAAGGAAGAUCAGAAGGAGGAGAAACAGUAAUACCAAUAAACUUUGGAGUCAGAAUAUGAUGCUUGGGAGUGAAGAAACUUCCUGAGCAGAAAUGGGCAAAUUUCAGUCUUUUACUGUGUUUUUGCAGUAUUCUAUAUAUAAUUUCCUUAAUAUGUAAAUUCAGCAACCAUUAGCUAAUGACCAUUUAAUGAGAAUUCCAACCAUACAAAGUUCACAGUACUUUGUCCCUAGUUAUUUUUCAGCUGCAUGUAAAGGGAGGGGAAGAUGGUCUACUGAUCGUUAUAAAAACAAUGUUGUUUUGUGCUUUGGUAGCCAUAGUUUCAAGAGGCAAAACCAUCUCAAUAAAGAAGGUACUUAGCCGUAAGUCUGGAAUGUCCCCUCAGACCAAAGGGGGAUGAGAUUCUUCCAAUCGACUGAAACUGCUAAACCAGCCAGUGUGUAUAUGGGAGUCUUCAACUGAGGCCUUGCAAGGCAAGCCAGCGGUGCCAUGUUGGGAAGGAAGGCAGAAGCUAGAUCAAUGGGGAAAUAGCUGUUAGGUACAGCUUUUAAAAAGGUAGUAAUAGGGCUCCAUAACUUAACUAAGGCAUAAUUUUCUAGCUACCUUUUGGCCUGUGUCUGGCACCUGUAUCCUUGAUUGCUUUUUUUGAUCCAAUCUGGAUUUUUUAAAAAAUAAAUGAAAAGCAUCUUGAUAACUCUUGUUUGUGAGGAGUGAGGCUGAGAUGUAACUUGCGGAAUAGGACAUGAAUAGUACUUCCUAAUUCCCUGACCUAAACCACUCAACGAUCUCUUUUUCUCUAGCAUGGAAACUAGGGUUACUAUUUUCAGGUUGCAAGAGGCAUGUCCAGUAGUGAGCCCUAGGAUCUCAGUGGUUUGGUAAUAUCAGGAACUGAUUUGUGUUAAGAUUUAUCUCCCAACCAAUAGUCUUCCAACAGACUCCCCUCUCCUUUUAUGGAUCACUGCCCCUUACUGUGCCCAAAGGAAUAAUGUCAAUCAGAAACAUGAGCUUAGAUCUCAUCAAAUGUAAUACCUCUUAUUUUGUGAUUAUCUAGAAAUGAAAUUCAUGUAUACUUAAGUCCAUAUGAUGUUCUAAUGUAAAAGAGAUUGUUUACACAAUCAAUACAUUCCUGGAAAAUUAAGUGUUCCUGACACCCAUGUAAACACUUCUGGGGAUUCAUGUGAAAAAUAAAUUCUAGGCUCAAGUUUUCAGCUA